ACAUAGUUCAUAUCGGUGGGUAGUUUUUCUGAGCAGCGCAUUAUUUAUCUACAGAGAAGGGUUGUAACUCUGAGAGUCAAAGUUACUACAUAAUAUGUUUGAGUUGCAUUACCUGCCCAUCGUAGACACAGCGAUUAAGGGAGUGGCUGUGGGUAUUUGGUCUCUAAGUGAUGCUGCUCUAAAAGAUUAACAGGCUGUGAGCAAGCUGAAGCACCCUCGAGUCGAGGUGUUUCUUCACCAAAAAUGGUUUCUUUUGGCUGGAAGAAGAAGAUUGACCAGUCAGUUGUUAAACGAAGCAGGGAAGAGUUUGAAAAAGAUGCAAAAGAUGUAGUUGAUGAAGAUGAAAUUAUUAUACAAAAUGGAGAAGUAGACUGGCUAUCACUUGCACCAAAAAGAAAUUGCACUGUCGCUUUGGAAGAUUCAUUAGCUAAAGCUGGGCGAUUAAAAACAGAAGGCGGAACGUUAGCAGAGGCAGAAAGGUAUUGGGAGGCUUUGAAAAAGUGGGAUGAAGCAUUAGCACUGACCCCCAAGGAUGCAACACUUUAUGAAAUGAAAGCUCAGGCAUACCUACAGCUUUGUGAAGUGUUCCCUGCUGUCCAGAGUGCCAGCAAAGCUGUUCAGCUGGCACCAACUUGGUGGGAGGCAUACCAGACCCUAGGCAGAACACAUCUAGGACUGGGAGAAGUGAAACUUGCCUUGCGUAGCUUUUCCAAAGCCUUUCACAUCAACCCGAGUGAUCAGGAACUUUGGGAAGAAGAUUUACAGUGGACUUUAUCAUUAUUGAGAAGAAAGCAGACCAUGAAAGAUCAGCUGGAGACAGUUGUACAGCAGUCUAGAAUUAGUAUUAGAACUGUGGAGGAAGAGAGCGAAGAAUCUGCCUCUGAAAGUACUGCUUUAUCAGAUACAGAGGCUGAAAGUAGACUGGUUCAGUUUACCUCUGGGUCAGAUGAAAAACAUGAAGGUGAACAAAAAUUGAGAAGAUUGCCUGGAAACUAUGUGCAAAUGAGGGACACAGGUUAAUUUUUGUGGUGCUUAAAAUAUUAAAAUUUUCUUAGUUUUCAAUUUAAAUAAAAACAGGUGAAGAUCACACACAGUAAAUGUGUUU